AUGUCAGAAGUUACAGAAACCACUGUCCCUCUCACCAAGGUCGACUCGGCCAUCGGUGGCCUCACACUCGACGACAAAGCCCCUGCUCCCUCAGAAAAGGAGGUUGAGAAGGGCCACAAGCGCCGAUCCAGCCAAGGCAAGAAUGUCUGGAACAUCAAGGACCUUGAGGACCAGAAAAUCGAGAUCGAGCUCCCGAUCGAGACACAAAAAACCGGAUGGAAGCUCAACACCUCACCGAACUCAAUUGAGGACAAAGACAUCCUCAAGAUGUACCUCGUCACACCCCCGGAUGCCCUGGAUGCGAUCUACAAGCAGUUCAAGAAGAAGGCGGAUGACGAGAUGGACAAGCCCUACCUCGCCGGCUUCGAGUGGGACAAGGAGGAGUGCUGGACACGCCUCAUCGUCCACCAGAAGAAGGAGGGACAACCUUCACAGCCGAGCGGCAAGAAGUCCAAAAAGAAGAACAAGGAAGAGGCAUAA